AUGGCGGAUUCGGCCGCUUCCCGUCCAACCGUCCUCGUCACCGGCGCCGGCGGCCGCACAGGCCAAAUUGUCUACAACAAACUGAAAGAGAGGUCCGAGCAGUUCGUGGCAAGAGGGCUAGUCAGGACAGAGGAGAGCAAGCAGAAGAUUGGGGGAGCCGGUGAUGUUUACAUUGCUGACAUACGAGACGGAGAUCGUCUAACACCUGCUGUACAAGGGGUUGAUGCGCUCAUAAUCCUCACCAGUGCAGUCCCAAAAAUGAAACCGGGUUUCGACCCUAGCAAAGGUGGGAGGCCUGAGUUCUACUAUGAAGAUGGAAUGUACCCUGAGCAGGUGGAUUGGGUUGGCCAAAAGAAUCAGAUUGAUGCUGCUAAAGCUGCUGGAGUGAAGCAUAUUGUGUUGGUGGGAUCUAUGGGAGGAACAAAUCCUAACCAUCCGCUGAACAGCCUGGGUAAUGGCAAUAUACUGGUAUGGAAGCGCAAGGCAGAACAGUAUUUGGCAGACAGUGGAGUCCCUUAUACAAUCAUAAGGCCAGGAGGUCUACAAGACAAGGAUGGAGGAGUGAGAGAGUUAAUUGUGGGGAAAGACGAUGAACUUCUCCAGACUGACACAAAGUCGAUUCCUAGAGCCGAUGUGGCUGAGGUUUGUGUCCAGGCUCUGCAGUAUGAAGAGACCAAGUUGAAGGCAUUUGAUUUGGCCUCGAAGCCUGAAGGUGUGGGCACACCAACAAAGGACUUUCGGGCACUGUUCUCCCAGAUUACUGCUCGGUUUUGA